GUCAUUGUGACGUUAGCUUGAGGAUCAGAGUGACUGUGCAGGUAAAGACCCGAUUCAGACCUGCUCAUCGUCCCCGUGUUCAUCCAGCUGGAGCUCCGUGUAUCCCCUCACUGUCUGCCGUUUGUCUUCCAGACACCAUGAAGGAGACAGCGGCCAAGCGGCGGGACAAGGCGGGAGGCCGGGACCGGGACUCCAAAGCGGAGAAGCCUAAGGACCCGGGCCCAGAACCGCAGGACGUGGAGAUGCCGGAGGAGGAGACGGCUACCGCGGCCAAACAGCCCAAAGAGCAGGACAGCCUGACCCUGGACGACAUCAGGGAGCAUGUGAAGCAGAUAGAGAAGGCGGUGUCGGGGAAGGAGCCUCGGUUCGUGCUCCGUGCUCUGCGAGCGUUGCCGUCGACGAGCCGCCGCCUCAACACCAACGUGCUGCAUAAAGCCAUCUGCGGCUUCUUCACCAACAACGCCACCACCAGAGACUUCCUGCUGGGCUUCCUGGAGGAGCCCAUGGAGAUGGCGGAGGGAGACGUCCAGUUUCGUCCGAGGACAGGUAAAGCAGCGUCGGCUCCUCUGCUGCCGGAGGUGGAGGCUUACCUGCAGCUGCUGCUGGUGGUUCACCUGACCAACAACAAGAGAUACACUGAGGCUCAGAAAGUGUCUGACGACCUGCUGCAGAAGAUCGGCUCUAAGAACCGCAGAGCUCUGGACCUGGUGGCUGCGAAGUGUUAUUAUUACCACGCCAGAGUGUACGAGUUCCUCAACCAGUUUGACACCAUGCGCAGUUUCCUCCACACUCGGCUGCGUACGGCGACUCUGCGUCACGACGCCGACGGUCAGGCCGUCCUCCUCAACCUGCUGCUGAGGAACUACCUGCACUUCAACCUGUACGACCAGGCCGAGAAGCUGGUGUCCAAGUCCGUGUUCCCCGAGCUCGCCAACAACAACGAGUGGGCCAGGUACCUGUACUACACAGGUCGUAUUAAGGCGAUCCAGUUGGAGUACUCUGAGGCUCGCAGGACUUUGACCAACGCCCUGAGGAAAGCUCCACAGCACACAGCUGUGGGAUUCAAACAGACGGUCCACAAGCUGCUGAUCGUGGUGGAGCUGCUGCUGGGAGAGAUUCCUGACAGGCUGCAGUUCAGACAGCCGUCACUCAAGAGGUCCCUGAUGCCCUACUUCCUGCUCACACAGGCGGUGAGAACAGGUAACCUGGCCAAGUUUAACCAGGCGUUGGAGCAGUUUGGGGAGAAGUUUCAGACCGACGGGACGUACACACUCAUCAUCCGCCUGAGACACAACGUCAUCAAGACCGGUGUGCGUAUGAUCAGCCUGUCGUACUCUCGCAUCUCUCUGGCCGACAUCGCUCAGAAGCUGCAGCUCGACAGUCCUGAGGACGCCGAGUUCAUCGUCGCCAAGGCGAUCCGUGAUGGCGUGAUAGAGGCGAGCAUCAACCACGAGAAAGGUUUCGUCCAAUCAAAAGAGACCAUGGACAUUUACGGCACCAGAGAGCCUCAGCUGGCUUUUCACCAGAGAAUCUCCUUCUGCCUGGACAUCCACAACAUGUCUGUGAAGGCCAUGAGGUUUCCUCCCAAAGCUUACAACAAAGACCUGGAGUCAGCAGAGGAGCGUCGGGAGCGGGAGCAGCAGGACCUGGAGUUCGCCAAAGAAAUGGCUGAAGAUGACGACGACAGCUUCCCAUGAUCCUCUGUCUGGACUUCCUGUGCAGACAGGAAGUAGUUCUGCGUGUGUGUCGGCACGCUGAUGUUCGUAGAUCACCUCUUACCCAUAAUCCCCCUCUCCUCUUUUCUCUCUGGUGUGUAUUCUGCUGUGUAGCCUUUCAUCUUCAGCUUGUUUUUUCUCUCUGAGACAAAUAAAAUUCUUUGACUUUGUUUACA